CGUCAUCGCGUCACAAGACAAAGAAGAGUAACCCACUGAUAUCCUCCAUGAGAAUCAAAUCAACCAGUGAGGACGGGAUGAGCUUUCGGAAAAUUAUGGAACUCUUUGAUUUUCUCAAUUUAAUCAGAAACCCAGCUCCGCCAUAGAUUUCCCCAAAAAAAAAAAAAAAUCUCUUCCCCCAAUUCUCCCUCGCCGUCCAACUCCCUCUCCGAGCUCCCCUCCAAUGGCGGCAACUGCUUCAUUCCUCCAGUGGAACCCACUCAAAUGGAAGCAAUUCCCUCCCUCGCCGCCGCCGCCGCCGCCUCCGCCUACAGCAAUUUGCUCGUCCUCCAUCUCGUUCCCUCUCAGAACCGCCGCUAAUAAAUCCUCCGCCUCCAAACCUGCUUCCAGGCUCACGAUCAGGUGUUCCUUCGCGGCGAAGCAUCUGAACUCCUCCAACGACACUCAUGUCCCGGCCACCACGUCGGGCUCGAGCUUCGCGAUUGCCGAGUUCAAGAAGGAGAAGAAGAGUGCGUUCGAGAGACUCUGCAACGCCGCCCUGAAGGCCCUGCAGGCGAUGAAGAAGCCAGCGAUCGCCGCGAUUCUGGUCGCCGCGCUGCUGAUGUACGACCCCGCCUCCGCUUUCGCUGCCUCUGGUGGAAGGAUGGGCGGCAGAUCCUUCUCCCGCUCCUCUUCCUCGUCGUCGAGGAGUUACUCCGUGCCUCACGGCUCGAGCUCGGGGUUUUCCUACUCCGCGCCUUACUACGGCCCGUCCCCGUUGGGCGGUGGGGGAAUUUACGCUGGCUCGGUAGUCGCCGGUGCUGGCUCUGGUUUGCUUCUAAUUGUAGCUGGUUUCGCUGCCUUUGUGUUGGUCUCCGGGUUUCUUUCCGAUGGAAAUGAAGCGGGAAUUCUAACAGCUACCGAGAAAACCAGCGUUAUCAAGCUUCAGGUUGGCUUGUUAGGAAUGGCACGCUCUCUUCAGAGGGAUCUUAAUAAGAUUGCAGAAGUUGCAGAUACAUCCUCCUCAAAGGGUCUAAGCUAUGUCUUAACAGAGACUUCACUCUCUUUGCUUCGGCGUCCUGAUUAUUGCAUCUCAGCCUAUUCAGCUGUAGAUGUGAAGCGAAGUAUGGAGGAAGGUGAGAAACGGUUCAACCAACUUUCUAUUGAAGAACGGGGAAAGUUUGAUGAAGAGACGCUUGUUAAUGUGAACAGCAUUAAGAGGCAGAGCACCAAAAGCCGGAGAGCAAGCGAGUUUAGCAAUGAAUACAUAGUGAUAACAAUCUUGGUGGCAGCUGAUGGGGUGCACAAGCUACCCGCCAUUAACAGUGUUGGAGACCUAAAGAAAGCUCUGCAGAAGCUCGCGACAAUUCCCUCUGAAAGUUUACUCGCAGUUGAGGUGCUGUGGACGCCUCAAAAUGAAAACGACACGCUGUCGGAAAGAGAACUGCUGCAAGAUUACUCGCUGUUGAGACCUUUAUGAGAGAGCUCUAAAUGAUAUAUACACGCCCAAAGCUCUAGUGGUUGCCUUGUCUCCCCUAUUGACGGUGCAGGGUUUUUUUCUGGCAAAUGUCACACUGCAUUGUCCUGAAACUUGUAAAUAAGGAUGUAAUUUUGUUUGUACAUGAUAUAAAGCUUUACUAUAUGAUAUGAAUUUGCAUACAGUGUUUUUUCCUGCUAUCUUCCCGUUGCUAGUCUGUAACGACAUCGACAAUUGGGGGGGAAAACCAAUCGAAGAUCCUAAGAUAAUUGUCUCUGGCAAUGAACAAAUUGAUCCUUGAGCUGUAGUAUUGAAUCGUUCCAAUCAUUCUACAAUCAUGGGUGCAAAGAACGGUUGACUAUAUAAUCCACCAGAAACCAAAAGUUACACUUCCCUUCUUCCUUCCUUUUCUAUGGUUUGGUUUGGUAAUUGUUUGCCCAUCAGGUUUCCAAACAGUGGCAACUCCACUCUCUGAGGGCUCUUCUUAUAGCUUUGGCUUUGGGCUAGAAGGUGUUUUAUCCCUUGCCCACAAGGGAGGGAUGAUCCUAUAUUUCACUGGCUCUUCCUCUUUCUUCACCUCUUCUCCUUCUUCCUUUACAACAUCCUUUGAAAAUGCACCAGGAUUCACCUUGAUACAAUUCUGCAGGGCCACAAACGGCCGCACGCAAUCCGAUCCCU